AUGCUAGGCCGUACUAGCCCUGUGCUAUCCUAUUUUUGUGUCUAUAACCCAUCGCUCGCUCAGAAUGAAGAAAACACAAAGGAUCAGAUUCUAUACUACACUGCAAAGACCGUCGUUCCAGCCGAUGUCAAGAUGAAGCAAGUGGGUCUUGCUCAAGCUCUAGUCAACUUUAGCUCGGCUUUCUCUCCGUCGCAACCAGCACAAAACGUACACGCGCAAAAACAUCGACUUAUCUUCCUGCAACCUGAACCAGGAUUUUGGAUACACAUGUGCGUGGAGCUCGGCAUUCUACGUAAGCAAGUCAAGGAUAGCAAGGGCAAGGAGAAGCUGGUGACCGAAUAUUUGGAUGCUCAGUUGAAUGAUCAUGCAUUGGAAGCUGUGCUACGUAUUGGCUAUGAACAAUUUCGACUCUUGAAUGGCACCAUGGCAUCCAUUUUAACCAAUGCCGCUCGUCGUUCCACGCUCAUGCAUCGUAUCGAGGAGUUUUUCUCCGAGUGGAUUUGGAAAUGGGACUUUGACAGACUUGAUACCAUCGUUUUCUCGGGUGUAUUCAAUGGCGUCCCUGUUCAACCUUUGCAGCGUCAAAAUUAUUUACGGAUUCAAGACCUUGAUAAGAUUAUCCAAACAAAGACAAGAUUUAUUUCACACAUGAUGGCUUGGGAUAAUCAAGGAGGAUUGGUAUAUCGUUCAUCGGGCUUGGAGAUGCAAGAUGUGGUCGCUCUUCGCAAAUGGAUCUGUCAGGGGCAACAACAACGUGAUAAAGAGAAUCAACAACAACAACAACAACAACAACUUGUUAGCAGUAAAUCAUUAACGACACACAAUGCUGCCAACACAUUCAAAUCAUUCACUCGCUCAUUGUCCCAUUACUUUUCAUCAUCCGCACCUACUUCCCCUGAAGAACGACCAUCCUCGCCUGAAAAUGAUUCACCCUCCUCAGAUGCAAGUGGUACGGUGGAAGAUGUUGUACGAGUCCAUUUGAAAAGCCGGUCUGGCCAAGAGCAACAAGAAGCACAAGGUGAAGAAGAGCUUGAGGAAUACUUUUUGCUUGUAUACAAAAGCGAUCUCUUAUGGUGUUUCUUAUUACCCGCUUUCGCAGAGGGUGCAGAGGAAUGGUUGGCAGAUCCAGCAUCCAUGGUUCAACUUGAGAAUGCCUUGGUGGAAGGAGAUAUUGACGAUCUUACCACAAUCAUUGUCGAGAACAAAGAAAGUACAAAUGAAAAGAGUAGUAUGGCUCUGGGAAAACAUUAUCGGUGCUUUUAUUACGACAAUGCGACGCUCAAUAUCAAAUCGACUUUGAUGGAUCAACGCAAAGAUACGUUUACAGUGAACAAUGACAUGCUAUUACAGCUGCUGGAUAUCAAGAAUGACUUUGAGGCCAUCCCCAAUACGAGUGAAGUUUAUACAAGAUCAACUACCAAUUAUUGGAUUGCUGGUCGACGUGUAUACAACCGGUUAGCCAUUCGACAGCAGCAGAUGCAAGCGUCUAAUACCGAUGAUCAUCAAGAACCGCCUACCGAAGAUGAGGAAGAAGAGGAUCAUUAUGAUGAAGGUGUUAUGAGUGAUUAUGUGGAAAUGUAUCUUGUGGCAGCCAAAAAGGAUACUUCACUGGCCGAUGUAGAAGAAACCAUGCGCAAAAUGGCAUCUUCGGUCGUUGAUACCAUGCGUAUCGAGUAA